AUGAAUACAUUUAUAACAAAUUUUAGAAAUAUACCACAGAUUUUACAAAAAACUAAAGAUUUAAUUUGUUCAUUAUCUUUAUUUUCUGAUAAAGAAAAUUUAUUUUUUUCUCAAAAAAUUGAACAUUUUAGUCAAUUAUCGGCAUUAAUUUGUAAUUUAUUUCAUUCAAUUUCAUAUAUUUGUUUAAAUUAUUUAAAUAAUGAAAAUCAUUCAAUUAUUUUAAAUAUAAUACAAAUAUUACCGAAUUUUAUUGAGGAAAUUUGGAAUUAUUUGGAGGAUGAUAAAUUGAUAAAUGUGAAGAAUAUUUAUGCAGAAUCAAUUAUAAUCUCUCGUUCAAAAUUACUUCAAUCAUCUUUAAAUCUUUUUUGUAUUUAUUACAAUUGUGAAUUUGUUAAUAAUAAAAGACGUUUACAAUUAAUUAUUGAAAAUAUUGAUAAAAAGGAAUUUAUUGUUCGUCUUAACAAUGAAAUUAAUUUGGAAAGAGAAUUUUCAAAAUUUAUUUCAACUGGUGUUUGUACAGAAAAUCAAUUAGAAAUUUCAAUAAAGGCAAUUAAAAAUGCUUAUGAAGGAAAAAGAAAAUUAAUUAAAAAUUUACUUUUAAGGCAAAGAAUAUUAAAGUUUAUUGGAUUUCCAAAAGAAAAAUAUAUUUCUGAUCAAAUUCAAGAAUUGAGUGAAAUUAUGUCUGAUUUAUCUAAUCAACAAAUACAUCUUUGUCUUCGACAUUUUGGUUAUGAUAUUGAAAAAACAACAGAAGCUUUGUGUCAAAGAGAACAACUUCCAUUAAAUUUAAAAAUUUUAUUAAGAGUAAAGGAUAGUUUGGAAGAGGAUAAUUGUUGUCCAAAACAAGCUUUGGUUUCUGAUGAAAAUUUAGGUUUGUAUAGAAUUUUUGGGUUUUUUAGUAGCUGUAAAUUAUUUUGAA